CGUGGAACUACAUUUCCCAGAAACCAACGCGAAGGGAAAAAAAAUAAAGCCGUUGGGCAAUUAAGCUUCGGCUUUAUUGAGCACACGAGGUUAACAAUGACACCAGAUUCAGCUGCUGGAUAGCCAGCUCUCAGACGACAUCAUAGUGUGGAAUGAAGCAAAGGAGGAAGUUGGGAGCUUUUCUCAUCAAAACAAGUCCUUGCAUGCUGAUUUGACAGGCUACACUCUGCAUCACAAUGGUAGCAGAUGACACAGCAGGAAGUGGGGACAGAUCAGAGGGGGAAAAAGACAUGGACCUGAAAAUGCUUGCAUUUGUAGACACUGAAGGACAUGUAGACGGAGAAGUAGAGAUGGCUGUCUCUGCUUCUGAGGCCCUGUCUACCUCCGAAGGUCCCCCAGAGGAAGCCAAGGAGCCCAGAAAGUGGAGGUGGGCUGUGAUAUUCUUGUGUUUCUAUGGGUUUAUGUCAUCAAUAAAGCCUGGGGAGCCCUUCAUUACACCGUAUCUGCUCAGCCCUGAGAAGAACUUCACCAGGAAACAGGUGACAAAUGAGAUCACUCCUGUGCUGACGUACUCCUACAUGGCUGUGCUGGUGCCAGCCUUCCUGCUGACUGAUCUUCUGCGCUACAAGCCGGUGCUGGUUAUCCAGGGCAUCAGUCAGGUGGUCAUUUGGCUCAUUCUGCUCCUGGGCACCACCCUCAUUGAGAUGCAGUUCAUGGAGUUCUUCUACGGCAUCUUUAUGGCGUGCCGCGUGGCCUACUCCUCCUACAUCUUCUCCCUAGUCAACCCGCUCCUCUACCAGCGUGUGGCCGGAUACUCGCGCUCCUCAGUCCUCUUGGGGUUGUUCACCAGUUCGGUGCUGGGGCAGCUCUGCAUGUCUCUGGGCAACAUCAGCUUCUACACCCUCAACGCCAUAUCCUUGGGUUUCGUCAGCUUCAGUCUGCUGCUCUCAUUGUGCCUGCCCUGGCCUAAACGCUCCAUGUUUUUCAACCAGGUGCGGAAACAGGAGCAAAAGGAAUUUGCUGGGUCGGGAGCCACCAAAUCGGAACUUGACAAAAUGCAGCCAGAGGAGAGCAAGUUGUCCUCUGCCGCCCGCGGGUGCUCAUCAUCAAACUGGAGGGAUUCCGUCUUUGUGCAGAUGCUUCUGGAGGUGAGAAAUGUGGUCAAGAGGCCGAACCUGAGGCUGUGGUCCAUGUGGUGGGUGUUCAACUCCACAGGGUACUACCUGGUGUUGUUCUACGUCCACAUCCUAUGGAACAAAGUCUACCCGACCUCAGAGAGCAAGAAGGUUUACAACGGGGGAGUCGAGGCAGCUUCUACAUUACUGAGUGCAAUGGCUUCCUUUAUAGCGGGCUUUGUUAAAAUCCGGUGGAACGUAUGGUCUGAGCUGGUUAUCGGUAUCAUCACAGCAGUGCAGGCGGGUCUGCUGCUGCUCAUGGGCACCACAGACAACAUCUGGGUGUGCUACACCGCCUAUGUCAUCUUCAGAAGUUUCUACCAGUUCCUGGUGCCUAUUGCCACUUUCCAGAUAGCCUCGUCACUCACCAAGGAGCUCUGUGCGCUGGUGUUUGGCAUCAACACCUUCUUGGGGACCAUACUGAAGAGCAUCAUCAGUCUGAUAUUUUCUGACAAGAGGGGCCUGGCACUGGAUGUGCACAAACAGUUCCUGGUCUACUUCAUUUAUUUCACCUGUCUUACUGUCGUCUACUUUGUCUGUGCUGCUGUAGUCAUCAUCCGUCACUAUAGAAACCAGCCUGGGGCAGGAGGCGGGGCCCACGACCAGGCCUCGCCCACAGAGCUCACUCCUGUCGCAGCAAAUUCAGAGGAAGAACCUUUGUCUAACGGCAAAAGUGCCAAAGCGUAACACCAGGAAAGUGUCUCGCCUUAAACUGUUUUCCAUCCACAUCUUAUCUAGACCCAAGUGUUUGUUAAUAAGCUCCUCAGAUUCAGUGGGAUCAAUCAUUUUAACCUCCUGAUGUUGGUGGAGAGGUUCGUUCAGUGUUAGCUUCUACAAGUGCCUCAUUUGCUCCAUAAAGCUCGUGCGCUACACAAAUCUGACAGUCUGCAGGCAUCAAGUGUCCGACGUCUUGGAGGAGUUUUGUAUUUGAUUUUGAUGAUCAGAUGUGAUUUGUUGUAGCUGAGAAGGUUACAAAACUUUUUUUGUUUUUGUUUGUUUGUUUAAUGCAAAGAGCUAAGUGGCACUAUGCUUCAGUAUUGUGGAAAAUCAUCUUACACACAUAGUGAAGGACAAUUAGUGUAAUGGCCGAGAUUGAGCUUUUUUUGUAUUUUGUCGAGGAAACGAAGCAAGAGAAUCUGCAGCUGUAAGAUGGUGAGCUGUCCUCUUUCAGUGGCACGGGUUCGGCAUUCAAACAGGUUCGUGAUCACUGUGCAAUCGCUAAACAUUACACUCGAGCAGGCUGCAUUUUCUGGCUCAGCGGAUGUCGUCACAACACUAAUUUUUGUCAUCCACACUCCUAUUGCACUUAAUGCCACAAUUUCUGUGUUAGUGCCAUUUGAAAAGAAAUGAAAGUAACCUCAUCAGUAUAAUUCCUUUUUGAUUUUGCUAUAAUCAAAUUUUGACAUCAUGUUGUAAAAUCAGUAUCCUUUUAUUAUAUGAAGCUGUAAACUGCAGAUUUUAUGCAGUGUAUGUGAUGUGACUUUAAUUUUAAAAUGAUUUUUUUGUAAUUCUGUUAAAGUUGAUCUUUGAAGACCAUUUAUAAACAGGCUACAGGAUGUGUUCAGGAGAAAUUAUAAAUGAAAUAAUGUUUACAGACAUUAUUACACAGACACGCUUAUUUGACUUUUAUUCUAAAUACAAGUCAUUGAAUUUGGUUAUUUAACUGUGAUAUUUCUAUUUUUAUCUAAAUUUACGCAGUAUCUCAGUACUGCUGCUGAUUCUCUGCCUGUUGCUUGUCAGUUUGUCUGAGCACCAUUUUGGCAAACAGUCAACUACCGAUAAGGGCUCCAACUCCUACAACUCUCAGGCCUGUAGAAAACAUAGGGAUGCAGUGUUACUUGAUACAACAGGUACUACAGUCUACAGUGAUUAGGUUUUAACAAAUGUCCAUCAGGUUACUUAAACAACAAUCGUAGACAAGUCAAGAGAUAUAGAAGUAUUUCUUACAGUAGAUACAACAGUAGUUUCUAUUUUUAAUGUUAACUGAGUUUUGAGUUGGAUUACAUUCAGAAUGUAUAGAUUUUUUAUUUUUAUUUUUGAUUGAAAUAGUUGCUGAGAAAUUAUGUAACUGUGAACCUGUCUAAAUGCUGUCAAAAGGAAAACUGACGUUAAUCAAUGUUUAUUUUGUAUUGACAAAUUUCCUUUGGUGGGUAAAAAAACCUCCUUGAUCACGUUUUUUUUUUGGACCCGGUAGUUAACCAUCCUGUAUUUUACAGUAAUCCUAUUUACGGCUUCUCGGGGGGUCCCGAGUUGUGUUGAUGAACUGUUUAUCAAUCAUUUUUGCAGAAGAAAUCCUUGUAACUAGAUUUUUAUUUUUUUUUUAUUUUUAUUUUUUAUUUUAAUCAGAAUGAGAUUAUACAAGAAAACAGUAUUUUACAUGCUAAUAAUAGUGUUUGAUGUACUAAGUUCAUAAUAGACUUGGAUUGUAAAUAAAGCAUGUCCAUGCGAGUUGUUUGGUCAGCUGCAGUUGCUGCUCACAACAUGAAGAUCAAGAGCUGUCUGAUUCUUAUGUUUUUCUGCAUUUCUCGGUUGGAGUUUGUUUUUUUUUUUUUGUCCCCCCCCCCCUCUUGACUGUUUCUACAGCUGAACACAGAUAUGAUGGCCCCUCCCCUCCGCUGGGAUAAAUCUACUCCUUCUAAACUCACUGCAUUUGCAAGACCUGGUUUCCCCUGGUGGGAAAGGUGGCUGUGAUUAAAUGUCUACAGAUCUCCGAACCAAGGACAAAAAGGAAACUUGAAAAUGUGUAUAUACUGCAAGUACCCUGCCUGAACUCUUAAGCUUGCAAAGGGCAAAUUAAGACAUAAAAAUAAAUAAUUUGGGGGAUCCUAGGUUUAGAUUGCUGUCAUUAUUUUUAAAUUUUUUUGCAUAGAGCAGUAUUUAGAAAACAAAAUGAUCCACUGACUAUGUACAAAACAGCAGAAUUUGUUCUGCACUCAUGUAGCCUCUAAUUGUCUGCUGCCACUAAAACGUGUAAGAAUUUAUCGUAGUGUAUGAAUACUAAUAAAAUGC